UGUCGGUCUCCGUCUGCUCCUCAGCGCCUUUCUACCCGGCAAGAAAGACACAAAGAGAGGGACAGACAGCAUGAAAUAGAAACAGAGCAUGAGAGCGGCGGGGCCGGCAGAGGGACACGAGCAACCUAUACGGACAACAGUCUCGUCCAGACACGGAUAAUAUUAAGUCCAGACUGGAUACGGAGCUCCGCAGAUGUGCGGACUGGAUUUUACCCACCAAAGAGUGUCGAGACUGGGGGGAGAGGGGCGGACUUUAUCGCGCAGGACUGUCUGGGUUUAGGAGGGGACCAUGGAUAAAACUUUGCACAUUCUCCAGAAAUCCACAGAAGGUGUGCCGACUGGGAUCUCCCUGGAUGUGAGCUUGAAUAUGGACGAAGGGGAAGAUUUCACGGAACAGCAGAUAGUGGGACUGGCGGACAAAAUACCUCUGGUGAAACCUUAUUUUAAAAAGAAGCAGAGGAAAUUGGAUGCCAAAUGCCUCCACCGUGCCCUGGAGGACCCUAUUCUGACCACUUUGUUGAGCACAGAUACGCUGGUCUCUGGGGAUGGGGUGUUUGUUCCCCGAAACCAGCCUGGCCGGACUCCAGGCAACCUUUGCACAGCGGUUGUGGUGAAACAGAACUGCAUUGGCCAGGUGUGUCUGAAAGACCCGGCAGCUGCUGGCGAUACCACAGCUGGGGCUGGAGUUCCGGGGUUGAUGACCCGGGACGGUGACGUGGAAAUAGCUGAUACUACUGCAGAGCUGGAGGAGACAGAGCGGCGAGGGGAAAGACCCAAGAUCACCGAUCCUACCCCCGACAGCCGCUGCUUUCAGCUAAAACCUGGCCUCAGGGCGGUUGGGAGCACAGUGACAAUAACGCCCGCCAGCAGGGAUAUACCUCCCAUAGUUGCACCCCAGGUUCCUCACCAGGAGGGGUCCAUCAAAAGCAAUGACCUCUUAACCUCUGGGGCAAAAAGCCUUCAAGUUAAAGACUGUGCUGGCGUCCAGGCCCCCCACCCCCUCCUCCUGCAGGCCCCUGAGACUGACAAAGGAGUGUUAUUUCAGGAUAAAAGCGAAGAGGCCUCCCUGGACCUGGUUUUCGAGCUCCUCACCCAGCUUCAGUAUCAUACACACCAGUCAGACUCAGUGGACAUUUGUGUGGAUUUCCUCCAGGGACAGUGUGCUUAUGGUAAUGACUGUGCCCACCAUCACACCGUUCUGCCCUACCACUGGCAGAUCCGCCGGAGUAGUGGUCAGACGUGGCAGAGCAUAGCAGAUGAAUCCCAGGAACAGCUGGAGAGAUUGUACUGCAACCCGGACAAUGAGCAAGUCAGGCUCAAGUUUCAGGGUCGAGUGUUUUCCCUUGACUUUGGAUCAAUGCGAGUUUGUGACCUGGAGUUUGACCGCAUCCGACGACUGACCACUCCCCCAAGCCCUCUAGCUAUGCCUGCAACAAACCCAAACCCCACCCCCAACUGUCACACAUUGUGGAAGUACUACUGCAGAGACAACUUUGGCUGGAGGGAAUACUCUGAGCCGGUGGUGAAGCUCAUUGAGGAGGCGAGUGCGAGGGGUCUUAAGGAGGUGCGAUUCAUUACGCUCCAGAACCAGUAUAUCCUCAAUAUCCGGGAGGGCUUCCAGCAGAACGCCGUCUUUGGAUUUAGACGUCAGAUCAAGAAGCGACCCAUGUUCAUGUCCUCUGUGAUGCUCACACCCCACCUACAGACGUUGGGUGGCCUCUCUCCAUCUCCUCUUCCCGGUUCCUCCUCCUCCUCCUCUUCCUCCUCCUCAUUGUCAUCCUCAUCGAUGGAUCUCUCCGUGUCGCACCCCCUCUCGCCAACAAGCACCAACCCACCCAGUCUUUUUCCUGAGACAUGGUUGCCCAUGACGAUGAGCCAGGACUUCCUGCAGGUGCCGGUGUCCCGCGAAGAUCGCAGCUUCCGGACGGUGUACAGCCUAUUCCACAAGACUGUGUCGGAAACCAAGUUCAGGAUCAUCAAGAUCCUGCGUGUGCAGAACCCUUUCCUCUGGGAGAAGUACAAGAGGAAGAAGGAGUAUAUGUCUCGCCGUAUGUCAGAGAUGGACCGGCUGCUGAGUGAGCGCCACCUCUUCCACGGCACCUCGGCCGACGUGGUAGAGGGCAUCUGCAAGCACAACUUCGACCCACGAGUCUGCGGCAAACACGCAACCAUGUUUGGCCAGGGCUCCUACUUUGCUCGCAAGGCUGUCUACUCCCACAACUUCUCCAAGCGCUCGCCCAAAGGAGUCCACUGCAUGUUCCUGGCCAAAGUUCUCACUGGCAGGUUUACUGUAGGAAAUCCCUCCAUGCGGCGGCCUCCACCCAUCAACCUCCGUGACCCCUCCAGUGACCUUUAUGACUCCUGUGUGGACAACUGGGUGGACCCCCAGAUCUACGUAAUCUUCAACGAUGACCAGAGUUACCCCUACUUUAUCAUUCACUACGAGGAGGUACCCAGCACAGUCGCUGUCUAAGCCCUGGAUCACACCUGGAUCUAUCAGUGUUUGCAAAUAGUUUGUUUUAGUCUGUUCAAGCUCUAGAUAAGUGGAGUUUGCUGCACAGGAACAAAGAAAAGGAACAAAGUUUAGACCAUGAAAACCAUGGACAUGAUUAUCACAGUAACCAAUUCUCUGAAUCACUUUUUAGUGUAAACUUGUGCUCCAAACAGGUUAAAACAAAUUAUAAGAUAUAUUUGCAAAUACUUAAUGAUCCAGAUCUGCUAUUAACUGGAUCCAACCAGACUGGACUGCUGUAAGAAACCACAGACCGGAUUAAACUGGACUAAACUGGACUAGCAAAGAACAACACCUGUUUGAUUGAGUGUUCAGAGGUGGAUGACAACUGGCAACAGCUGCGAUCAGACUCAACUGGACACACACUUUGUCAUCUAGUACAAUCAGGAGCCUUGUGGCGAUCGUCGGACACACGAGGAAUUUAUCUACCUUAAUAAUCUGGAGCAGAUCCAGGAAAAGCCAAACCUUGUCCCCUUAUCAUUUUGACUUAUCAGUAGUUGUAAUAGCUGUAUAUGAACCCUACAUCAGGAUAAAAGGUUCCCCAACACAAGUUGACAGCUAGCAUCUUGGCAGUACUGUGAAUGACCAACUGAUCAUAUUAUAAAUCUGAGGAAGCAGUAACCAACCAAUCAGAAGCUUCCACACACUGACCCCCCACCCCUCAUUUCACAUCAUAGUGCGUGUUUACCCAGCCGUCGGCCCAUGUUUUUUGUUUAGUUCAUGUCUAUGUGCUGCGUGUUUGAAUCUUUUAAUUUAGUGGACAUGAAUCUUGUGGCCUCUUCAUCCAGACAAUGGACGUGAGUUUCAGCUGAACUCUUCUAAAAGGACAUCUGUGUACUGUAAACCUCCAGGCAGAGGUUUCACAUGAAGCCAGUGCUGUUCCUGGUCAGCGUUUUUUGCCUUCAUGCCCACCACUUUUGUUCCUCGCGGGGGACUGAAGAGUGUACAGUUACACGCUGGGACUCAACGCUGCUGCAGCGUUUUGUCAACAGACCCUGAAUCCCCUGAAACACAUCUCUCUUGGACCGCUCUCUCGCUCAGAGACAGUAGACAUGUUUCAUCGAGACAAACUGUACAGACGUUCUCUUUGUUUAUAUUUGAACUGUGUGCCUUUUGUUCAUAAAAAUGUUUAUUUAUGUUAGUUUAAUGUAACAUUGAUUAAAUAAAAAAUCUAAAAGAAAAAAAA